AUGGGUACCUAUGAGAUGACACUCAACUCGACGCGCACACACCGACGUGCUGCCGGACAUGAACAGGUCGAUAUGCAGCUCUUCGCAGACAAUAUUUGCAAGGAGGCGUGGAAAGAUUGGCCAAACGAAGCCGGCGCGGAUGAGCUUGUCGAGACCAUCAAAAAGAAAGGAUGGCGCACCAGCGUCUCCUUUGCCCAAAGGUCGGACCCUUGUGUCGGAAUCUUUGCCAAGGCCCAAUCCAUGUUUGCUCCCUCUCAUCUUAACAAUAAUGUCGCCCUUCAUCGAAACCUGCCUGGCGUUGCCUCCGAGGCGCCUCCCGGUGCCGGCCACCGCACUGGCAGCAGCAAGCUGUUCCUCGCCACCGACACAUCAAUCCUUCAGGAUAUCAACCCCGACACGCUCGAGUCUUUAGGCUCCAGAAACCAGUCUCAGCUUCACCCAGACCUCGACGGCCCGCUUUCCUGCGCUCACCCGCAGCGAGAUCCCAAGACGGGAGACUUGUUCAAUGUGAACCUGCAUCUCGGUCGAUCGCCCACCUAUCGCCUUUUCCGCGUGAGUGCGUCGACGGGGAUCACAGACAUCCUGGCCGCCGUGUCCGGGCCGGAUAUCCGUCCGGCAUACAUUCAUAGCUUUUUCUUGACUGAGAACUAUCUCAUUCUCUGCAUUCCAUCAUCCCAUUUCCACUGGGAUGACGCCAAAAUCUUGUGGGAGCGGAACCUUCUGGAUGCCAUGAAGUCGUUUGACAAGUCGAACCUGUGCAGGUGGAUUGUCGUCGACCGCCAUGGCAAAGGUGUUGUUGCUCGCUUUUCCACCCCUGCUGCAUUCUUCUUCCACUCCAUCAAUGCCUUUGAAGAGCAUGUGUGUGAUGAAAACAUCGAGCGGACGGAAAUAUGCAUGGAUUACAUUCACUUCGACACAACCGACAUCAUGCUGAGCUGCUACUAUGAUGUCAUUCUCAAUCGCAACGAUGCGGCGAAAAAAUACUGGCUCCAGGACGACGCCUACGAGCGUCUCAACCCUCGCCUCGUCCGUCAGCGGUUUACACUUCCUCUCAGCCGCCAGACGCCUCGGGAGGCGGCAACGGCAACCGGAAUGGAAGUAUUUAGCAUUCCGAAUCCCCACGCUGGCGAGUUGCCAACAAUGACGGAGAUGGGGCGAGCGGAAGCCGGUUUCCCCAUUGCUGUAGGACUGCAUGGCCUUCACGCUCCUGCCGUGGCAUGA